ACCGUGUCCCCACCUGCCACCUCACCCACUGAAGGAGACGAUCUGUGUGACAUAGAUGUUACCACCAUGGCCAUACACAGUGUGACACUGCUCAUCUGCCUCUCUGGGCUGGCUGGGAAUGGGGCUGUCAUCGGCCUCCUCAGCCUGAAAAGGAGGAACGCUGCCAUCUUUGCCCUGGCUGUCAUUGACUUCCUGUUCCUCCUCUUUGCAGGGCUCUCCACCCUCCUUAUCCUGGUGGAGGACAUAUCCUGCUCUCCUAUCGUGCCCCUGCUGUACCUGAAUUUCCUUUUCCAGCUGUCAGUGGUGUCCUUCUACUGGGUGUUGUUCCAGCUGAUGCACAGCAGCCCUGUGCAGUAUAUGUACAAGCUCUGGAAGCUCUGCUGCCGCUGGGACCUUCCGAAGCGCCUGUUGUGGGUGGUGGGCACUGUCCAAUACUGGGCCUUCUUGGCUAUCUUCACUGUCAUUCCCACAGUGACAUUCCUGUGCCCAGAACAGGAGCAGGAGCACUGCCGGGCUGCUUUCAUCCCCAUGUUCGCUCUCAUCCUGCUCCUCUUUGCUGCACCCAUGGUCAUUUCUCACACAAUUGAUUUCAUUAAUGCCAAGUGGGGCUCCCAGCAGCAGCAACCCAAGAGGCGCGACAUCGUUAUCGUCCUCAUUGUGCUCUUCACUUUCAUCCUCAACAUCUGGAAUUUCCUGCAGCAGCUUGGUUACAUCACUGUGUCCUCAGAGGUUGUUUUCCUGCUCACCUGCAUCCACAGCACCAUCAAACCCUUCAUCUACUUCUUGGCAGGGCAGUGCUGGAGGCCCUGCGCCAUGGGGUCCCUCCGGCUCUCCCUCCAGAGGGUCUUUGAGGAGCCAAAAAAAAAAAAAGCUCAUGGAAAUGAUCCUGCCAUGGACACAGGGGUGUGAGACUGCUAAUCCCUUCCACUGCUCUGCUGAAGGACCCCAGGAAACUGGCUGAGGGUUUCCUUUGUCACUUGAUUAAUCAAUAUCCAAAGGAUCACACUCCACAUGUGUAGUAUUGUCCACAAGGGUCCCAGGAUGAGGGAAGAGACGAGAAAGUUGACUCCAUGUAACAGAAAGCUUGAUUUAUUAUUUUAUGAUAGAUAAUAUAUUAAAACUAUACUAAAAGAAUAGAAGAGGGGAUUUCAUCAGAAGGCUAAGCUAAGAAGAGAAAAGGAAUGAAUAACAAAGGCUUGUCUCUGACCGAGACAGUCUGGACAGGUCAUCUGUGAUUGGCCAUUAAUUAGAAACAACUAGAUGAAACCAAUCACAGAUUCCCCUUGUUGCAUUCCACAGCAGCAGAUAAGAAUUGUUUACAGUCUGUUCUUGAGGCCUCUCAGCUUCUCAAGAGGGAAAAAUCCUAAAGAAAGGAUUUUUCAUAAAACAUGUCGGUGACACACAUGGAGGUGUAUUCCUGCAGGAGAAGGGAUCAGGGGCAUUGCCUAGGGUGAUUUUUGUGGGAUGCUCUGGAGCAUGGGAGCACAUUGGAGCAUGGCUUUCCUCGCCGCUCCUGGAUCCACAUGACUCCAAGCAGUGCAGCUGGGCUCAGUGCUGUUCCCCAGCUCUAUUCCCCAUGGAAUGACCCUCAUGGCCUCAGCCCCAGGGAAUCAACUCCAUCUCCUUGGGCUCAGCAGAUGAGUUUCAUGGUGUUAUCAGGAAGCUCUUGCCUGCAAAGAAUGGGACACCUUAAUCCCUGGGGACACACCCAGCACUGGGUGGCAGUGAUUUCCCAAAUCCCUGUGGGGCUGGUGCCUCUGGAUGGCAGGAGAGGGGUUGGGAUCACACGGAGCAUCCUUCCCUUUAUGUCCAGCAGAGCCAGCCCUGCAUUCUCAGCUGAUGGGAAGGGACACCAGGUGGGGCUGCAGAGGUGGGGAGGGACAGCAACAUUCCCUUAUCCUCUCAGUGGGAAUUUGUCACAUUCUUGAAUUUCAGAAUUAAAUCCUCUGAGUAAAGUGCAGGGUGGAUAGUGGACUCCACUGAUCUUCUGUGCCUGUACCAGAAAGUACAUGGAAUAUGGAAAUUCCCAUCACCAGAUGCUUGGAACAUUUAGUUGCACAGAGAUCAGGGGGUUGUGCUGCUCUUCUGCAGAAUUGGGCCCCUCCAUCCUCUGGUUCCCCAGCAUCAGUGCCCAAGGAAGCCCUUGACCACCUCCAUCCUGAACCUGGCCACCCUCAGGAGGAGCUGCACAGCCACUCUGCACAGCAGCUUCAGCCACAGCCCAGCCUGUCCUGAUCUUUGUCAUUCUGUAACCACCCCUCAACCAGAUUUGGAUUCAUGGUUUUGGUUUCUUUCCACUGUGGUGGUUCCAGCCUCUGAAUUUGUUGAAUAAACAAUAUCCAGGCUUCACUGCAGAGCCUGUCUCUGUUAAA